AAUAGACACACUGGAGGUGGAGGUUGAAAGAGGCGGAGAGGUGGGUUAGAGAGAGAGAGAGAGAGUCUGACUGAGGGAAAGAUUUUGGGAUCUUCACCAGAGCGCCAAACUUCCCUCGUUAGAAGAACACAGCACCGCCACAAUGCUCAUUAAGGAAUUUACCAGGUGGGGCAGCUGUACUCAGUAGCAGAGGCCAGUAAGAACGAGACAGGAGGAGGAGAGGGAGUGGAGGUGUUGAAGAAUGAACCAUACGAGAAGGAUGGGGAGAAGGGACAGUACACACACAAGAUUUACCACCUGCAAAGUAAAGUUCCAUCGUUCGUCAGAAUGCUAGCUCCAGCAUCGGCCCUUAACAUCCAUGAGAAGGCCUGGAACGCAUACCCCUACUGUCGCACAGUUAUCACUAAUGAGUUCAUGAAAGAUAACUUCCUGAUCAAGAUUGAGACGUGGCACAAACCUGAUCUAGGACAGCAGGAAAACGUCCAUGGUCUGGAUGCAGACACCUGGAAGAAGGUGGAUGUUGUUCACAUCGACAUCGCAGACCGCAGUCAGGUGGAUAGCAAGGACUAUAAGCCAGAGGAUGACCCCACUAAAUUUAAGUCAGGGAAGACUGGCCGAGGCCCUCUGGGACCAGAUUGGAAGAAGGAGCUCCCUAAGAAGACAGAUUGCCCACACAUGUGUGCCUACAAACUGGUGACAGUCAAGUUCAAGUGGUGGGGCCUGCAGAACAAAGUGGAGAACUUCAUCCAGAAGCAAGAGAAGCGUCUGUUCACCAACUUCCACCGUCAGCUGUUCUGCUGGAUCGACAAGUGGAUCGAACUCACCAUGGAGGACAUCCGUCGCAUGGAGGACGACACACGCAAAGAACUGGACGAGAUGAGGGUGAAGGAUCCAGUGAAAGGCAUGGUGGCUCUGGAGGACUGAUGAGACUGGAGACUGGACUGACCCUGCUGCUGUUACGCUGGUAUACUCCUCUCCUCUGCUGGAUGCCUCUAACCUACACUGCUGGUAGUUCCCUUAUGGAACCAAUCAUUAUCUGGCUUUACAGUAAGGAUAUGGACCACCCCUCUCUUUAGUCUAGAGUGGACUGAUCCACUCCACUCUAUCUUAACCCGGUCAGUCCUCUGAGCUCCAGACAGACACAGCGACCAGGAGAUGUGUUAUAAUAUUAACAGGGUUUUUAAAGCUUCAGUUUGUCUGCAGUAAAAGUUGCCCGUUUCUUUCAGGACCAAGCUGUUGUUUCUUUCUCUGUGACUGUUGUUUUUAUUUGAUUGCUAAUUUAUUUUCUAUUGGUCAUCCUGUCUUCUGAUAGGUUGUUAACCAGACCUCCUCCUCUACACCAUCCAAUCACGUUGUUUGUAUUGCCUCUCUCCUUCAUAUCAACCACCUCCAUUAACAACAGGUACCUGAUGUAAUUCAGAGCUGGGUAGGCGGAGCUUACACCUCAUGGCCAAUAGAACAGUUGAAAAAGGGAUAAACUUUGCCUACAUGCCAUGCAGUGGGUGGAUGGUGAAGUUGCCCCCUAGAUGCUGAGCUAGGGACAGGUUUCCCCACUAAUGGUUAAGGUUACAAUUGGGGGGGAAGGGAAUCAUUUCAAUUUUUUUCUCUUUUUCUCUUUCUUUCUCUCUUUCUCUCUCGAUCUUUCUUUCCAUCUCAUCUCCCUCAUCCUGUUAUUGAAGAUCUUCACAAGCCAGGCUAGGUUAGGUUUCUGUAGAGGUGUGUGUUUGGUGUAGCUGUCUGUAUUAUAGUACUAGUGUUUAGAGGGAGACGGGUGAUGAGGAAGGGGAGGAGUGUUUGUGUGUGUGUGGGUUGGUCUGUUUUUAAGGAUCUGUCCUACGCAUGCCUGUGACUUCCUGCCCUCUCUCCUCCUCCUCUUCAUUCUCUUCCUCCUCUUUCUCUGUAUCCUUCCCUUCCUUCAGUACAAACAAUAUUCUACCUUUCUCAUGGAAUGGAAGCCUCAAACUCUCCUCCCUCCAUCUGUCCAUCCCACCAUACUGCCAUCAUUCUGUCCAUCCCACCAUACUGCCAUCAUUCUGUCCAUCCCACCAUAGUGCCAUCAUUCUGUCCAUCCCACCAUACUGCCAUCAUUCUGUCCAUCCCACCAUACUGCCAUCAUUCUGUCCACCCCACCAUACUGCCAUCAUUCUGUCCAUCCCACCAUACUGCCAUCAUUCCAUACACCCCUCCCUCCAUUUGUCCAUCCCACCAUACUGCCAUCAUUCUGUCCAUCCCACCAUACUGCCAUCAUUCCAUACACCCCUCCCUCCAUUUGUCCAUCCCACCAUACUGCCAUCAUUCUGUCCAUCCCACCAUACUGCCAUCAUUCUGUCCAUCCCACCAUACUGCCAUCAUUCUGUCCAUCCCACCAUAGUGCCAUCAUUCUGUCCAUCCCACCAUACUGCCAUCAUUCUGUCCAUCCCACCAUACUGCCAUCAUUCUGUCCACCCCACCAUACUGCCAUCAUUCUGUCCAUCCCACCAUACUGCCAUCAUUCCAUACACCCCUCCCUCCAUUUGUCCAUCCCACCAUACUGCCAUCAUUCUGUCCAUCCCACCAUACUGCCAUCAUUCCAUACACCCCUCCCUCCAUUUGUCCAUCCCACCAUACUGCCAUCAUUCUGUCCAUCCCACCAUACUGCCAUCAUUCUGUCCAUCCCACCAUACUGCCAUCAUUCUGUCCAUCCCACCAUACUGCCAUCAUUUCAUACACCCCUCCCUCCAUUUGUCCAUCCCACCAUACUGCCAUCAUUCUGUCCAUCCCACCAUACUGCCAUCAUUCUGUCCAUCCCACCAUACACCCAUCAUUCUGUCCAUCCCACCAUACUGCCAUCAUUCCAUACACCCCUCCCUCCAUUUGUCCAUCCCACCAUACUGCCAUCAUUCUGUUCAUCACACCAUACUGCCAUCAUUCCAUACACCCCUCCCUUCAUCUGUCCAUCCCAACAUACUGCCAUCAUUCCAUACACCCCUCCCUCCAUCUGUCCAUCCCACCAUACUGCCAUCAUUCUGUCCACCCCACCAUACUGCCAUCAUUCUGUCCAUCCCACCAUACUGCCAUCAUUCCAUACACCCCUCCCUCCAUUUGUCCAUCCCACCAUACUGCCAUCAUUCUGUCCAUCCCACCAUACUGCCAUCAUUCCAUACACCCCUCCCUCCAUUUGUCCAUCCCACCAUACUGCCAUCAUUCUGUCCAUCCCACCAUACUGCCAUCAUUCUGUCCAUCCCACCAUA